UAACCCUAAAAUAAAUUUGCAGAGAUGAAACUAACAACAUUAACGAUAUCUUUAAUUGUAUGUUGUGUCUUACUCGAUGGUAUCUAUGGUAAUGGUUACAACCUCCACCGCCAAAAGAAUGAAAACCUUCGAACGCCAAACUUAGUACGCAGUCAUGACGUUGACACCAAUGGUGAAGAUCCAUGGUGGGACGAUGAAAAUGAGUAUCUAUCAGGGGACGACGUUAUCCGAAGACUUCCCGAUGUCAUGGACGACGAUCCGCGAUCCAGAACCGAGCGCGUUGAUUACAAAGAUAUAAAAACAUCAGACAAAAAUUAUAAUGGUGACUGGGAUGAUAACAAUUACGAGAACUUAGGGGACAAUGGUAACAGGGACAUCCAAGAGAAAAGUAACUUUGAUGAUGAUGGUGACUGGGAUGAUGAACAAGUGAAGUACGAGAGUUUCAAAAGUGAUGGUAACCGAUACGAAGAUGAGAAAGAGAACUACUUGGAUGUCCAACAGGAGGACGAUGAUCGCUGGAACGAACAGGAGCUCGCGCGCAAUAACUAUGAGGACAACGACAACUACAAUGAUUACUGGGCCCAACAAGAAUACAAUAGCCUUGAUGACGAUGGUUGGGAUCAGGAACAAAAUUACGAUACCAAAGAAGGAAACCUUGAAUACAGAAACGUUGAUGACGUGGACUACGGUGACUGGGGCGUUUUUGACAUGGACUACGGUGACAGACCUACAGGUGUUAGUAACGAUAACAAUUUUGAUGAAGGCCGAUAUAAACGGCAGUUAUCUGCAGUGAAUUCUGAGAAAGAAGGAAGUGAUAAAUAUGACUUUGAAUUUGUGGAAGGAGAAGAAUCAUCAAUGGAUGACAGUGGGUGCAGAGGAACUGAAUGCAUCGACGAGAGAGAAGACGGCGGUUCAGACUCAAGUUCAGAUUAUUUCAUUACAUAAGUGGCAUGCGUUUAGCGUUAAUUUUUCUGCGUUAAUUUUAUAUUUUAUAUUAUACUUUCAUGAUGAAGUAGGCUAUCGAAGAAAUCUAAACAGUAUCCAUAAUUUGUUACCAAUUUCCAAUCUUGUAUUGUUUUGUGCUUUCCUCAUAUAUCAAUAUCAAUAGUGGGAGAGGUGCAACCCUUGGGCGCAUAGCUCACCUUGGCCUGUUAUGUGCCGCCCAUUACUAAACGAAUACAAACACGAUUGAUUGUAAAUACGAUUAAAUUUUAUCUCUUUGUGAAAUAGAUAAAUAAAAAUACGAAUAAACCUUAUCUCUUCUAUAAAUACAAAAAUAUAUAUCAGUUGUGUUGAGUUAAUACACCGGUGGG